AUGCCGCCCCCAGCUUUGGCGGUGCGGCAGUUCACAUUCACGCACGAGGUCGCGUGCGCAGACGACGCAGGCGGCAGCGGCAGGCACGACCCGCGCGAAGCCGCGCGGGUGAUUCCGAUUGCCCGCGUCACCGUGCAGGUGCUGUCAUUCGACCGCCGCUGCUUCUGGGUGCAUCUGUCGGAGUCAAGGGAGAGCGGCGAGGCGCCGCCGCCGGCAUUUGGGCCGUGCGCCGUUGCCUUUGACGGCGUGGCCGCGGAACCCACCUCCUCGCUCCUUUUGGACGAAGCCCCGCUGGCGCCCCACGAGCAGCCGGUGGAGUCCGGCGUGGGGGCGCCGAACCCGCACGCGGUUCUGGCGCAGAGCCUCGCCCAGCGCCUUGCCCGUCGCCUGCGGAAGGAGUGUGACUCCGCUGGUGUUGCGGUUUACGUUGCGUGCGGCUUUGCUGGGGAAAAGACGGAGCUGUGGGGCACACCGGCGGGGUCCUCCUUCGACGUCACGAUGCGGUUUGGGGCGGCGCUCUUUUCGCACGUGCUGCAGCUUAUCCGUGAGGAGGUUUUGUGCGCCGCCACGGCGUAA